CGGCUUGAGUACAACGCGCGCCGCGCCUUUUCAUGUGCGCUGCGCGAGACUGUUGCUCUCUAGCCGGCCAGGCCGGGCCACGGGGGAAACGAGAAAGCCCGUCUUCGCUCAGCGUGUGCUUCAACGUUUUGAAUCUCGUUUUGCGAGUGGGAUUUUCACCGAGAAAUGCCAUGAGAAAACACAUCUGAGCGCGCGCCGCGUCCGUGCAUUCAUUCAGCGGCGCCCGAGUUGAGUCUACACCGCUCUCAUAUCUGUUUUUAAGACCAGCCCCCGGCCGCGGGGAGGGAGGAUCAUCCUGUGUUACACACUAACGUACAGUGUACGACUCGUGUAUUCUACGUAGUUCCAAGAGAGAUGGCAGAAGUCGCACCCGCUCCCGCCGCCGCGCCGGCCAAAGCGCCCAAGAAGAAAGCAGCUUCGAGAGCAAAAAAAGCCGGCCCUAGCAUCGGCGAGCUGAUCGUCAAAGCCGUUUCCUCGUCUAAGGAGAGGAGCGGCGUGUCUCUCGCUGCUCUGAAGAAAGCGCUGGCUGCCGGCGGAUAUGAUGUGGAGAAGAACAACUCCCGCGUCAAGAUCGCCGUUAAGGGUCUCGUGACUAAAGGCACUCUGGUGCAGACCAAAGGGACCGGCGCGUCUGGCUCUUUCAAGCUGAACAAGAAGCAGACCGAAGCCAAGAAGCCCGUGAAGAAAGCCGCGCCCAAAGCGAAAAAGCCCGCCGCCACUAAGAAGCCCAAGAAGGUAGCGGCCAAGAAACCCGCCGCCGCGGCCAAGAAGGCGAAGAAGCCCGCUGCCGCCGCAAAGAAAGCCACCAAGAGCCCGAAGAAGGCGAAAAAGCCCGCGACCCCUAAAAAGGCAGCCAAGAGCCCCAAGAAAGCGAAAGCUGUCAAGCCCAAGACCGCAAAGCCUAAAGCGGCAAAGGCGAAGAAGGCAGCACCCAAAAAGAAGUAAAGACGUUUGUUUCUUUCAUGCUUUUGUUCCUUAAACGGCUCUUUUAAGAGCCACCCAUAUUUUCCUUUAAAGAGCAACAUUUUCAGUCAAGCUUUAUGUAAUCAAAGCAAUACACGUUAGAAACAUUCAAUAGUAUGGAUACACAUAUCUACUACAUAUCAUGUACACAUAGCCACAAGGUGAUACUGAUUUUAGUACAGUAGGAUAGAAUCCUGAUCGUGAUUCCUAAACAUCAUUCCUGAUCUCCAAAACGAUCACAGAAUAUGUAGGAUAACAUAUUGAUACAUAAUAAAUCAAUGUUAAUGAUAAGAAUAAAUAAAUUCAGUAUAUAGUUGUUA